GAGAAUAUAAAAAUGGACAAAAUAGGAAAUUUAUUACAGCUGGACCCCGCCAGAAAAGCAGCCAUAGAACUUAUAAACCUCUCUCUCCCAGACAGAACUCAACUACUCAAAUAGAUCUGCUUACAACAAAGUAAAGGCAGUUUGGAGUUCCCUGUCUGGAUUUAAGUCAGAAAAUAUGAAUCGUGGUGGUAGUUGUGGUGGCGGUCAGAGCUCAUUGGGAUACUUGUUUGGAAGUGGAGAGGCGCCAAAGGCAUCCAGUGAAAAGAUAACGGCUACUCCAGAGGAGGUCCCGAUCGAAACACCUGUGGUGAAACCUGAUCCUCCUCCAGAACCAGUAGAUAUCACAAAGCAGAUUCCUGCUGGUAUAAACAGCGCUGCUUUAAACAGCACUGCUGCAAACAACUACUUUAGAGCAGAUGGUCAGAACACGGGCAACUUCCUUACGGAGAGACCUUCAACCAAGGUGCAUGCAGCCCCUGGCGGCGAAUCUUCUCUGGAUUACCUCUUUGGGGGAGUCGCGAAAUAGUUUCUCCAUUCUAGUCACUUGUGUAGUGCAAUUUCAAAGUUUAAAUAGCAAGCCAAGGAUUUUUAUCAGAAUGGUGUGAAUUGCCUAAAAUGUUAUGUGAUGUAAUACAUGAUUUUCCGACAUAAUCAUCUCAAUGUCUAAGAUAUACUGAAAGGUAUAUCACAAAGUUUGAUGUUUUUGAUUGUGUGAUUUGAUGUUUGAUUUUAA